CGUAGAGCAAAAGCUGCGCAUGUAUAGAAUAUGUAGAAGAAGCCUGAAAAGGUUCUCUAGGAAUUUUCUGUCAAGUUGUUUAUUUGUUUCGGGUGCAUUUGUGCCAACAGAAAAAACUAUUUUCAACUACUUUCACUGUCCGGCAACCUGUAAGAAAUCGUGUGAGAUUGUUUUUGGCCGGUUCCGAGGUCCGAGAAUAUUCUACUUGCUCCGUUUCCGUCCGCUAGACGUGGGAAAACACCAUGGACUUUCUACGUAACUACGAAGCGGACCAGGAAGAAUCGGAGGACAUGGAUUCGAAUCGGUUGCCCCUUCCCAUAGGAACAGACCGCGUCACCGACCGGUUCAUCAAGCUCCUCCACGUCGACCGAAUCACCCAAAAGACGAAGUGAUCCUGGCAAACCAUCAGCAGCACGCCGUAAUGAUGAGAAAUGUGAGGAUAAGGAUGUUAAGCACGAGCAUAAACCACGCAAGGAGCUGAAUGAGAACACCACAAUCAUUUAGCCCUUAAAAAAUGCAUAAGCCACAAAAUCCCUCAAACACACACAAACUCAAAAGAACCUUGCAAGAGCAACGUCCGGUGCGACCAACCAUACCGUCAGGCCAACUUCCCCACCACAAGCGGUCUUCCUCCGGCCGAAAAUUCCUUCUAUCAAAGGAAACAUAAGCUUUCCUGGAAGGUGCUUUUCGGUACCACUGGAAACACGGUCAUCUGGUAGUCAUCCGUAUCAGUGCCUGCCACGUCCUAGCAGUAGAGAGAUCCCAUUCAAGUGUUGUCGAUUGCUGAAGACAUAGGGACCGAUUUCUGGAACACUGAUAGUAGCAAAACAUUCAGCACCAAAUCGUUCCUCAAUCCGCUGUGAGUAAGAUGCAUUGCUGUAAUUCGUCCUCAUCCGACGAUCAGCACGGUUCACGAUCCUCUUCGCGUUCGCGCUCAACGGACGGUUCCGGUUCGAAGUCUCGUUCUCGCAGUCCUUCGCCAGCAACAGUGCGAACUAAACGGAUUAAAAAUGGCACAAAUGAGCCGGCGAAACAGGCACCGAAAACAUCCUCGGCAAACAAAGAUAGCAAAGACAGACAAUCGAAAUCUCCGCUAGGUCAUCAAUGUCGUACACCUUCUGCUUCAAUCGCUGGCACCAGUAGCAAUAGGAAGAGUCCAGUAAAAGCGGACCAAAAGGAGAAGAAAAAAUCAUCCCCACCGAAGCAUGAUGUUGGCAAACGAGAUCGUAGCUCGUCCCGCGAUCGUGAUCGUAAAAAUCGGGAAAAGGAACGUGAUCGCACGCGGGAACGCGAACGUGGCCAGCGCAAUCGGGACCGUGAACGCGAUCGAGAGCGCGAACGUGAUCGAGAACGAGAACGCGAAAAGAAUCGCCAAAAGGACCGUGAUCGUAAUCGCGAUCGUGAACGGGACAGAGAACGGGAGCGAGAUCGAGAUCGAGACCGUAAUCGCUACGAUCGUGGCGAUCGUGGUACAGCUCGAGAUUCACGUGGCGAUUAUCGAGAUCAACGUCGGGGAGGAAACUGGAGCAAAUCCAAUGACCGGGACAAUAAUCGACGGGACACUCGUGGCUACGAUCGAAAGGAUGAUCGUAAGGAUAAACGAAGCGGUCGGGAUUACGACAAGAAGGACCAUCGUAAAAAUCGUCGCUCAAAUUCACGCGAAUCACGAAACCGCAGACGUCAGUCGUCUAGCGAAAGGAGACGCUCGUCGAAGACGCGUGACUCACGGUCUCGGUCACGAUCCCGAUCGCGAUCGCGCAGUAAGUCUUCACCGUCGCGUGCCACUCUACAACAGAUACCAUCACAUCCUUCCCAUGCUGGCGGUUUGCUUCCGACACCAACCCGAUUUACGCAAUGCUCCAGCUCUCCCACAAAACCUCCAUCACUGUUACCGACGCCGCCCGCCUCACAGUCUCUGCUAGGUGCAGUUCCACUCGCUUCGACUGCAGGCAUACCGUCGCUGAUGAGCAUCCCAACAAAACCUCCGAUUGGUUCGCUGAUUCCUCCAGCUGUGGCCGCCAAACUGAACCUCUCGAACGAUGCGAAGCCCGGACAGGUGGGCUUAUCGAUGGCAACGCCCGCUCAAGAUCCCGCCGUGCAGGCUACCCUGCUACUGUCCCGUAGCGCUUUGCUGCGUAACAAUGCUAAAGCGGCCCAGCUGGAGAAGAUGGGCAUCGAUGUGUUGCAGCAGAACCAGAAAGCAGUGGACAGUGUGCCGCUCCCAUCGUACUAUAAUCCGGGUGUCGUUAAUCCGGUCCGGUACGCCGAUCAGGUACAGAAGCGCAAAUUGCUCUGGAGCCACAAAACAACCGAAAGUAAGGAAGUGUCCUCCAACAUUAGUAAAUGGGAGCAGGCCAAAUUUGCGCAGGACACGGACGGACGGGUAGCGUCUAAAUUCCUGCGGCUCAUGGGCGUAAAGGAUUCGGUACCAAAGGCGGGCGAAGAAAUGGGAUCUCCUGUACCUACGGGUGCCGCCUCCUCAUCAUCGCUCUCGGCACGGUUAAGCACUAGUACAGGACCGGCCGCAACUGGUGCUUCGAACGGUGGCAAAACGACGGGAGAUAGUAUUAAGAAACAGGAAGAGCUCUUCUCUACGAUGGAGCAACAGUACGAAGUAGCACGGCAGGUGACACAUACUAUGCGUGGUGUGGGGCUGGGAUUUAGCUCCCAGGCUCGUCAGUUCUAAUUGCAGAGGCCAUUUACAACGUUUCCGGUCGGUGUGUUUACGGUAGCCAUUGGCUGUAUAGUGUAGCCGAAACAGUUUCUCAUGGGACGUGCACCGCUAAAGCAUCAUAAUUUAAUAUACGAAUGUUUAACUGUGAAGCCUCUUAA